AAUAAUCAGAAGAAUGGAUCUUAGCCAGUCUUUAAAUCAGCCUCCAGGGGCCGACGAUUCAUUUGAGAAAUCAGGGAUGCCUGCAGCUGCACCACCAGAAUACCAGCACAAUCCUGCUGGAUAUCUUCCCUCCUUUCCAAGCCAGCCAGUCCCCUUGGGCCCCUAUGCCCAGGACCCGUAUCCAGGAGAGACUGUGGUCACUGUGCAGCCUGCAGCUUAUGUGACUGCCACCCCACUGGCCAGUCCAGUGCCAGAGUACUUGGCCUACUCCAUCUUCAUCAUGCUGUGCUGCUGUUUUCCUCUGGGCAUUGCUGCGCUGAUUUUCUCAUCCUCCACUCGAGAGGCCAACUACUCAGGACAGCGAGAAUUAGCAGAGAAGAACUCCAAAACGGCACGCACCCUGAAUCAUAUCGGCCUUGGUAUUGGCCUCAGUCUCAUUGUAUUGAUUAUUAUCAUCCAGAUUGGGAUUUGGAGUAUUAGAUAAAAGCUGUUAGAGCUGACAUGAUUGG